AUGACUCAACAACACAACUCUGUAUUUUUUCCAGAAGGGUAUCGCCCUUCCGCUCAAGAAGACUACAUGAAUCCUCAGCAACAAGAAUACUUUCGGCGGAAGCUUUUAGCAUGGAAAGCAGAGGUUCUGGAGGAGACAAGAGCCACUCUCCACACCCUUCAAGAGGAAACUCACAAAGAGCCGGAGGCAGGGGAUCGCGCUUCUCGAGAGCUAGAGCAGUCUAUUGAAUUGGGUGCCCGAGAUCGUCAGCGUAAACUUCUUUUAAAAAUAGAUCACGCUCUUCAGCUGAUUGAGGAAGGAGAGUAUGGCUACUGCGCAAUGCGCAAAAUAUGGAGUUCCUAUUGGUUUGGCGAGACUCGAAGCGCGUCCUAUUGCAACAUUAAGCCUUGA